AUGACGCCGACAACAGUAACGCCGAAACUGAGCGCCGUGCGGAAGGAUGCUCGCCAGCGUCUGAAAUCGCUGAAGAAGAGCGGCGGCCUCAAGGCCAAGUCGGCUGGCAAGGGCUCGAAGCGUCCGACCGAGGACGAGGAGACGGCCGCCGCCGAGCCGCCGAAGAAGAAGCGUAUUCGCUCCGACCAGCUCAAGUGGAAGGAGGUCAAGACGUCUUCUCUUCCUGGCAUGGACGCGGGCGGCGGCAUGAUGAUGCUCGAGGAGCUGGACGGCGUCGGCAUCGAGUGGGAGCAGCAGGAUGAUGGACGCAAGGUCGCGCGCUUUGUCACUAGUGGUAAAGAUGGCAAGAAGCAGCAAGUUGCAAUCGAGAGCGAGAGUGAGGGCGAGGACGACGGCGAGGAGUGGACUGGCAUCGCCGAGGACGGAGAGGAGGGAUCAGACGAAGAAGACGCUGAGGAGGGCGACCUGCCGACGUUUGCGGGACUGAAGGCAUCCGAGCUCGACGACGAGGACAUCCGCCUUCUCCCCGCCUGGGCCAAGAUUCCGCUGCAUGCGUCGCUGAAGAAGUGUCUCCUCGGUCUCGGAUUCGCCAACCCGACUGAGAUCCAGAAGCAGGCCGUGCCCCUCGCUCUCGAGGGACGCGAUGUCGUCGGAGUUGCUGAGACGACGCUGGCAUACUCUCUCCCCGUUCUUUCGUACCUGCUCCGCCAGCCGCCACCGCGAGCGGGUAAGAAGCGCCCGCUGUCGGCGCUCAUUCUCUGCCCUACCCGUGAGCUCGCGAUCCAGGUGACGGACCACCUGACCAACGUUGUCAAGUCGGUCACGCCCGAGGGCGCGAAAGUUCCGCGUAUUUCCGUCGGCAGCGUUGUCGGUGGUCUGUCCGCGCACAAGCAGCGCCGCAUCCUCGACCGCGGCGCCGACAUUCUCGUCGCUACCCCGGGACGACUCUGGGACCUGGUGAAGACGGACGACGCGCUGGCGGCGUCACUGCGCACGCUCCGCUUCCUGAUCGUCGACGAGGCGGACCGUAUGAUCGAGAACGGCCACUUCGCCGAGUUGGAGCACAUCGUGCAGCUGUCUCGCCGAACCCAGGUCCAGGCCGAAGACGAGGACGACGACCCUGUGUUUGCGCAAAUGGCGACGGCGCUGGAACAGGCCGAGCCCCGGGACGAUCUGCAGACGUUUGUCUUCUCGGCGACGCUCAGCAAGGAUCUGCAGGAGAACCUGAAGAAGAGGCGGCGGAGGCCGCUGAAGCGCAAGGGCAAGCGGGCGAGCACGCUCGACGAGCUCCUUGAAACACUCGACUUCCGUGAUGAGACCCCGGCCAUCGUCGACCUCACGCCCAAGGGCAACAAGGUCAGCACGCUGCGCGAAGCGAUGGUCGACGCCGUCCUCGCCGAGAAGGACCUGUACCUCUACUACUUCCUGCUGCGGUAUCCCGGGCGCUCGCUCGUGUUCGUCGGCUCGAUCGACGGAAUCCGCCGCCUGGUUCCGCUGCUCGAGCAGCUGCGCCUGCCCGUCUUCCCCCUCCACUCGCAGCUGCAGCAGAAGCAGCGCCUGCGCAACCUGGAGCGCUUCAAGGCUUCGUCCGACGGCGUGCUGAUCGCGACGGACGUGGCGGCGCGCGGUCUCGAUAUUCCUCACGUCGACCACGUCGUUCACUUCAACCUCCCACGCACGGCAGACGCGUACGUGCACCGUAGCGGCCGUACGGCGCGCGCGCAGAACCCGGGCUUCGCGCUCCAAAUCGUCUCGCCCGAGGACAAGAAUGUGCAGCGCGGCCUGCUCAAGUCCCUCGGCCGCUCGGCCCCGCCGCCAGACCUCCAGAUCGAGGCGGGCUUCCUGCCCAAACUGAAGGAGCGCAUCGCCGUCGCGCGCGAGAUCGAGGGCGCCCAGCACAAGGCGAAGAAGGAGAGCCAUGACCGGAACUGGCUCGCGGAGGCGGCCGAGGCGAUGGACAUUGACAUUGACCCGGGCAUGUUUUCUGAUUUCGAGGAGGACGACCCCGACGCGCCCACUUCGCGCAAUAGCAAGAAGGGGAAGAAGGGCAAGGCCGAGGGCAAGGUUGAUGGGCUCAAGGCCAAGCUGAACCAUCUGCUCGACCAGCCCCUCAUUGCCCGUGGCGUUAGCACGAGGUACCCCACCUCUGGCUCUAGGGUGAUCAUCGACGACGUCGUGGCUGGUACCAGCCAUGUUAACAUGCUCGGUGCUGGCACCGAGGCCGCGUACGAGGUCGCGGACAAGCAGAAGAGCAAGCCCAAGCCCAAGCCGAAGGCUCAGCCCGAGGAGCCCAAAGCGAACGGUAGGGGCAAGGGCGGCAAGAAGGGCAAGAAGCACUAG